AUGUGCACCAGCGGCCAGAUCAUCGGCAGCCUCCUGGUGCUCUCCGUGCUGGAGAUAGGGCUGGGGGUGUCCAGCGUGGCCGUGGGGGCGGUCAGCUUCAGCCUGGUCUUCACCGACGCGGAGCAUACGACUCAGCUGGGAGACUCUUCUCCGGUAUGGAGCGGGGUGUGUUUUCUGCUUUGUGGAGUAUGCGGAAUACUGUGUGCCAAAAAAAAAUCAGGACUUAUUAUGAUACUUUUCUCAGCCUGCUGUAUCUGUGGACUAAUUGGAGGAAUAUUAAAUUUUCAGUUCCUUCGAGCUCUGACCAAGAAAUCCCCAUCUCUCUAUCCAUUGCAUCUCACCUCCAUGUCUCUUGCAUGUAUUGGAAUUGGGGGCUGCACUCUGUCUUCCUGGCUCACCUGUCGGCUAGCCAGCUAUGAGCAAAGAAGAAUGUUUUCGGAAAGGGAGCACUCGCUGCAUCACUCCCACGAAAUGGCAGAGAAAAGAUUGAGGGGUAUUGAAAUAACUGACCUGCCCAGCUGCCCUGUGGUUCCUCCAACACCAGAGUUACCUCCAAGGAGACAGGUGUCUACAUCACCACACCCCCACCACAACCGACAAUAUCUGGCACCCUAUCUGGAAAUCCCAGCAGAGACCAAGGAAAUGACGGACAAUAUGUGCAAUGGAGGACCACAUCUAAUUUAUAAUGGAAGAGCAUACUGA